AUGAAGAGACUCAUCAGUAGCCUCCCACGAACCCGCACGAGACCGUUGUUUCGCGGCUUCAGCACCUCAAGACAAUGCCUCGCCGACCACGUCAGAAUAGUUGAAGUUGGGCCUAGAGACGGCUUGCAGAAUGAGAAGAGCUCAAUAUCCUUGGAGACGAAACUCGAACUUAUCAGACGACUGGCGCAAACUGGCGUCACACAUAUGGAGGCAGGCUCUUUUGUGCCUGCAAAAUGGGUGCCGCAGAUGGCAUCAACGGCGGAAAUACUCGAGUCGAUACUGACUCGACCGCCUCCUGCACUCCACGGCAUCGCAUACAAUUAUCUCGUGCCUAACAUUCGCGGACUGGAGAACCUCCUUAAGACCUUCCGAGCCAUAGGCGCCCAAAAUCCUUCUGGCUACCCUACACCACCGCCAUCCCCUGGACCUGCACAAGCUCAGGGUCAAAGUCCCUCCACACCAAUUUCAAACUCAAUCGAGUCAUCUUCAGAGUCCUCGGCCGCAGUCCAUUCGGGGAACUCGACGGAGAUUUCAUUAUUCGCCGCCGCAACUGAGACAUUCUCGCAGAAAAACACAAACUGCAGUAUCGCAGAGAGCCUGGAACGGUCUAAACCAAUAAUGGAGCUUGCGAAGCAGCACAACAUCCGGGUGCGCGGCUAUGUUUCCGUGGCAUUGGGUUGUCCAUAUGAAGGACCGGAUGUCAACCCCCACAAGGUUGCUGAAAUCACUGCUACACUGUUGGAGAUUGGUUGCGACGAGGUCUCUGUUGCCGACACAACUGGGAUGGGGACAGCGCCCCGGACGCGAAAAUUGCUUCAGACCUUGAGGGAAGCUGGGAUUCUGGACGAAGAUCUUGCUCUCCAUUUUCACGACACGUAUGGUAUGGCGCUUGUGAACACUGUCGUUGGGCUGGAGCAUGGUAUCAGGAUAUUCGAUAGUUCUGUUGGAGGACUGGGUGGGUGCCCCUACAGCAAGGGUGCCACGGGGAAUGUUGCCACCGAAGAUCUGCUGCACCUGCUGCACAGUCUGGGCUGUGAGACUGGUGUCGAUAUGGUCAAGAUGGCAGAGAUUGGGCAAUGGAUCACUGCCCAGCUUGGGAGAGCCAAUGAUUCAAGGGCCGGGAAGGCAACUCUUGCAAGAGUAAAGGACUCGUAG